UCCUCCCAACUUCACAGCAACUCAGCAAACAACUACUGCCGACUGCAUCCUCACUGCCUCCUCAGCCUUUCCCGAGAGAAAACAUGGGACGACACAAGUUCUAUUUGGACAAACUGUCCCGGUUCUUCCAGAUCCGCAACCUGCUCCUUCGCCAAGCCCUGGCAGAGUGUCUUGGCACUCUCAUCCUUGUGAUGUUUGGUUGCGGUUCUGUGGCCCAGCUGGUGUUGAGCGGCGGUUCCCAUGGCAUGUUCAUCACCGUCAACUUUGCCUUUGGCUUUGCCGCCACAUUAGGCAUCCUGGUCUGUGGCCAAGUGUCAGGCGGCCAUCUGAACCCUGCAGUGACCUUUGCUCUUUGCCUGCUUGGAAGAGAGCCCUGGAGAAAGUUCCCCAUGUACUUCCUCUUUCAGACAAUUGGUGGUUUUUUCGGAGCUGCUAUCAUUUUCGGCAUGUACUACGAUGCCCUGUGGGACCAUCCGGGAUCUUACGAAGUAUCCGGGCCCAAUGCCACAGCUGGCAUUUUUGCUACCUAUCCCGGAAACCAUCUCACUAUUGUGAAUGGAUUCUUUGAUCAGAUAAUUGGCACAGCUGCGCUGAUUGUGUGUGUCCUGGCUAUUGUGGACCCGUACAACAACCCCAUCCCCCAGGGACUGGAGGCCUUCACCGUGGGAUUCGUGGUUCUGGUCAUUGGAUUGUCCAUGGGCUUUAAUUCUGGUUACGCUGUCAAUCCCGCCAGAGACCUCGGACCGCGUCUUUUCACCGCCAUAGCUGGGUGGGGCGUUGAAGUUUUUACAGUUAGAAAUGGGUGGUUCCUGGUUCCUGUCUGUGCCCCAUUCCUUGGAACCAUCGUGGGUGUGGUGAUCUACCAGCUGAUGGUUGGCUUCCACGUGGAAGGAGAAGCGCGUGACUUUAAAAGCAAGCUGGAGGAGAGUGUCGCACUCACUGAUGUCCCCAAAAAUGAGAAAACCAAUGAAAAAAACAAAAACAUGCACUGAUUGUUUUAGAGAGAUGAUAUUUUCUAUCACAUGCCCAUUAUGUAAAUACCGACACUUUCUUGCAUUUUUCCUAUAAUAUAAAGAAUGAUUGUUUGCAUGUUUAUAGGGGAAAAACACAACUUCAGAAACACAGAAUUACAUUAAUUCUUUUUGGAGAUAAACACUUGGAAUUUAGAGUCUAUAGCACUCCAGUUUGAACAGUAUUGUAUGCUUCAUACCAAUUUAUUUUCAUAUAGAUUUUAAUAAAGUACAUAUAUAUAUAUAUAUAUAUAUAUAUAUAUAUAUGCAUUUUGUCAGUUCAAAACCUUUGACUUCUGUUGUUAACAUUUGAAUGGUUUGGUGAACGGUUGUGAACUCUGUUAUUUAGAACUGGAAGAUGGUGAAGCUCAAUCCUUCCCACGACAUUCUUCACUUCAUCACGGCUGUCUAAAAACAACCAUAAUAAAGCUGCUGUCUUUUCAUAUACACUAUACACUGUUAAGGUCCGAACCGGCAAGCUUACAGCCAUCAUGAAAUAGCUUCGGCUAGCGAACGUGAGCAAUUGGCCUUUUUGUGAGUAAUAAUUUGAUGCUUCAAAAUAUCAGCUGACAAAUGACAAUGAUCUGUUAUGUACAGAACAAUAUUAACUGUCUUUAUAUAGUUAUGCAUACUUUGUGCCUUAUUGUAACGUUGCAGUGUACGUGGUGUGUGACUUGGUUGGGUGCUACACUGGCUUGUUUGCAUCCUGGUAGUUAAUAUGUAAGUUGAGGGGAACUGCUUUUUUACUGACUCAAUAAAGUUCUCCUUUUGAUUAUUGCAUGAA